AUGUCGGCAUCUUCGUGGGAGUUGAUUAAAUUAGAAUUCAACAAAGAUUCUCACAAGCCCAUCCCUGAUCUCAUCACUCAACAAGCCAACAAGAGCGAGAGAAAUUUGAAUUUUAAAAACAAUUCUCAUCUUGAACAUGUUAUGCGGAUGGAAAGCCAUGCAUGGAGCAUGUGCUUGUUGAAGUUGAAACAAGCAUAUUCAUCUCGAGUUCAAAUGCAACAGGAAAAAUAA